AUGAUUUCAAAAUCAGUCGAAGAAGGACUUUGGAAAAAGAUUGCUCCUAAAAAAGAUAAAUAUGAUGAUCAUGGGAGGAAUGUUCUUCAUUUUGCAAGUCUAGAGGGAAAUCUCAGACUCGUUCAAUCACUCAUCAAAUGUGGUUGUGACAAAGAAGAAAAGGAUAGUAAUGGAUAUACACCACUCAUUAUUGCAUCAGAAAGUGGUCAACUUGGUGUCGUUCAAUAUCUUAUCUCAGUUGGAGCUAAUAAAGAAGCAAAGAAUAAUCUUGGAUAUAUUCCACUCAUUAAGGCAUCAGGACGAGGUCAACUUGACGUUGUUAAGUAUCUUAUCUCAGUUGGAGCUAAUAAAGAAGCAAAAACAAAAGAUGGAGAUACUCCACUCAUUAUUGCAUCACAAAAUGGUCAUCUUGACGUUGUUAAAAAUCUUAUCUCAGUUGGAGCUAAUAAAAAAGCAAAAAAUAAUGAUGGAGAAACUGCAAUGAUGGUUGCAAGAAGUAAUGUAAGAGAUUACUUAAAAACUAUUUGUGCCAAAUAA